GCCUACCUCCAUCAUGAACGAGUUUACAGUGGACACAAACAGAGUCGAUGCCGCAUUCUACCUGUACCGAAAUGAUCGUUUUUAUCUCACCACAGGAAAUAGCAUUUGGGAGGUGGCCCUGGAUACAAACUUUGCACGACUGACAACUGGAAAGCCGCAAUCGAAGAAUGAACUCGCAGAACUGAAGGAUCUACCGAAUUUCACCGCAGCAGUUCGCUGGAUAAACGACAAGAUCUACUUCUUUGAAAAAACAACUUACUACAGACUGGAACGCUGGCUCUGGUUCCUGAAAGUGUCUGGGCCUAAAAACACAGCACGAUAUUGGUUUGGUUGUAUCAACCAAGACUAA